AUGCCUCCCACGAGCCCCUCCCCGCCAUCCACGAGCCUGGGCGUUCCGCGCACGGGCCUGUCGCGACUGGACGCGCCGAGCACGAACGCGGCAAGCGAGAGUCCGCACCUCGCGAGCCCGACGGACCACAGUCCACUGCCCCCGCCUUGCACGAGCGCGGGCGCAUCGCGUACAAACACGCCCAAGUACGCGCGCGACACUCACAAGCCCGCCCAGGUCCAUCAGCCACACUCGCCCUUGGUGAGCCAUCCCCGCCGUUCGCCAACCACCAUCCGACGCAUGUACACUCUCCGCCUUGCUGUCCGCGAGAUGGCCCUGCCGUUCAGCAGGCCCCGCUCGCCGAGCACGGGCCCGCCGUCCCCGUUGACACCAGUAUCCUCGAGCCCUCUGGUUCACACCGUGGUGCUGCACCUCUCUGCUGCAGUGCAGGCCGCCCUCUGCUACUGCAUUCCCGCCCGUCUGCGCGCCAACCCGCGGAGGUGCUCGCGGACCCGCCAACCCACGUCUACCCACUGCACGUGA